AUGAGCCAAAUUAGCGAGUUGACUAGAGCACACGAACGUCUGAAACAAUCUGUGUACUCUUUACCACAACUGUCGUCAGUGCUCAGGUCUAAUAUCGCUGUUUCGGAGGAGACAAUUGGUCAAGAUGUGUUAGUAGAUAACAUCACACCCAACCCUAGGCGACAACAAACGACUCCAGCUCUUCGUGAACUGUACUAUGGGCAAACCUUAGGGCUUAGAUCUAAAGCUCAAGCCGAUAUGUGGCUGGAAAACCUCAUUGGAGCUCCUGAUUUGGUGCAUUGGGGUCGCUAUUACGGUACCCGGUCGUCUCAAUACUUGGACCAUGAUUUCAUUUCCAAUCAUAGUUCCGAGGACGCCGAGUUUAGAAAAAAUGAUGAUGGAUAUAUUGGGUACUACCACUAUGCCAACGGUAUUGGGUUCCUAGACGAGAAGGGUAUUGAAGAGUACAUAUUUCUGUUGAUUGGCAUUACUCGAGGACCAGGGAAUGAAGGAUACGUGGUGAGCAAAUCCAAGAACAAGAAUAAAGGCAAAGGAAAUACUAAUAACCUUUCUGGAGCGGCUGCUGCCGCACUUGCUGCAUCUAAUAGCUCCUACAAUCCGGAUAACCAACUGAAACGAGAGAUGAUGGUGACUUUUUGUACCUAUAACGUUUUCCAUAAAUCAGAUUUCCGAGCAAGAUAUGUGAUAUAUUUUGGUGGGAACAAUAGUAGUGGGGAUAUACCGGUCAAAAUAGAUAGAAGCUACCUGGUGGUACCAAAUAACCAGGGGAAGACCUUCCUGUUCAAUGUAAAUACAAUCCAAGAACUUUCCAAAUCAUAUUGGGAUGAAGUUCGUGCUUCGCAGUUGAUCCGACUUUUUUCUCAUCUAGAUGAUCCUUCGAGACAACUAAUGGGGUUGGUUAACUAUAGAGAUCUUGUGGAGACUCGGGAUUUACUUUUGGAAGGCGUACGUCAUCUCGUACGAUUCCUACCACGAGGAGGAAUGACAGACUUUCGAGCUUCCAAUGGAUAUAGUAGCGGGUCUGGUGAUAAGAGAGAUGGAUAUAGUAAGACUAGUCAAUAUAAAAACAGUUUAGUUGACACCAUACUCCGAAUGUGUCAAAUGGACUGUUCGGGUGCAGCUAAUGAUAUUGCAGUAGAUGAAAUCCAUCGUCAAUUUGGAGAAGCAGGACUAUCGAAUUGGACGUGGGUCAUCCUUCAAAUCUGGAAAACUCAGAAUGGAGCCAAUAAAGAGCAAAACUAUAUCCAGCUUAUACAUAAAUACCUUACAACAUCUGCUCAAUCAGGAAACACUACACAGAGAACGCUUAUUUUACUUGAACAAGUGCGGUUUCUUAUUGGGAAGGGAGAAUAUCGCUUAGCAUUGAAAAUUUCCGAACUAUGUGUUAAAACUCUCCCACUAGACUUUGAUGCAUGGUAUGCACUCACAUUGAGUUAUAUACUUUGUGGGGAAAAUAGCAAGGCAUUGUUAAUGUUCAAUUCUAUACCUGUAUUGUUGCAUUCACCAAAACGAGCAGGUAUACUUCAAGGACCGGAAAAUAAUCUGAUUGAAGGAAUACCUGACUUGUUUACUAAAACAUUUUUAUCUCGGUUGGAAAACGCUGAUGAUUCUCCAAUUUCUGAAAGGACUUUCCAAGAGUAUUUCCCAACUCCCGUGCAAACACAAGAAGAUCAGGCAGGUCGUAGAUCAUCAUUGACACCGAUAAGUAGCACCACAACAUCAACCUCAUCGACGACCCCAAAACUAGUUCCUCUGGCAUCUAUAAGUAAAAUAUGGAAUGAUUUCUUUCUCUUCAAUCCAAACGAUAGACAUCCAUUUUCGGGGAAUGUGUUUUAUCAAUCACCAUUAUUGAAUGCGUCUGCUCGUGAACUUUCUUCUGUCGAUAGAAGCAUCAUAAAUGUGAGUGGACCUUCAUCAGCCAAAAUGAUCCUUGCAGCACAAUCUUGUGGAACUGCUUCUUCAUCAAUUCUUGAUUUUGAUCGUAAAUGUACAUGGGGUCGUGGUUAUGAUCUUAUUACAUUUUUUGUGGCACUUGUUGGAUGGGAUGAAAUAGUUCAAAGUAAAGAAAAAGUGUUUGAAUCUCAAGAAAGUGGCCCCCCAACCUCUAUACAUUCUACUCGAUGUGAAAAAUGGCUUGAUCAGUUACUUCUCAUUGUAUAUGAAGACUUGAAGUGUCUUAUGGCAAUCACGGCACCCACAAAGGAACAACAACAUAGUGCGUUAGAAUGGAACAUGAUUGGACUUUUAGGGUGGUCUGUCAAGUAUAAUAUCAAGGAAUCUAUAUGUGCAAUGAUCACCAGUGUUAAAGGGAGCUCAAUGGCAGGAGGGUUUGAUUAUUUUGGAACGAUUAAAUUAUUACAAAUUUAUGAUGAACUUGUAUUAAGUGAUGUACGAGAUUCCAAUAUUGAUAGUCUUCAUGAAGUAUAUGAUGGAGAAUUCUACAGUAACAAGCUUCUAUUGGAACUUAUUGAUCCCAAGUCUCGAGAUUCUUUCAUCAAGGAGCUUGAAGAAGGACUUUUACCAGUGGACUUUAUUCUUUUAAUCUUGAUGAAACUUAUGAGUUGGAACUAUCGUUGGUAUCAGUACAUUCCAAAUCAUUUAGUGAUGAAGAUCCUUAGCAAACUUUGUUUAAAAUAUGAUGUUGUUUAUGUGAGAGGACAAGUGAGAGUUGUGUUUGAAACAAACAAAAUUUCAUCAAAGUCCAAAAAUAAGAAAUCAAUUCUUGGAGGAUUUUGGGGUACAACAAGUGAUAAAUCAAAGAAAACAGGAGAAUUUACUGAGGGAGAUACCAUCAUAGAUCACGUGGAAGAGGUUCUAACAUGGAUAGAUUCAUUAAGAACAGAUUGA